AAUUUCGGCUUCCUCUCCUCUCUGUCUGCAGUACCCAUCAGUCCUCAUCACUGUGUCGUUCGGAGGAAUUCGCUCGUUCCUUUUUACAACCGUCAUUUCCUUGUUUGUCGUCGCGCGUAUAUCCGUUGCCUCUUUCGAGCCAUUCCCUAUCCAGCUGCUAAAGAGGCUUCCUAACCCCGUUUCCGCCGUCCAACUUAAAAACAAGCCCUCAUAACUGCGAUACUUUCCCGAAACCCGUUGUUUAUCCACCUUUCGCAACCUCAGAUGCCGAGAUCUUACGCUGGGUCAGAAUCGCCUAAAAUCGGGGAGGAUUCUCUGCAGAAAAUUGAUGAAAUUCUCAAGAAGAAGAAGAAAAAGAAGAAAACGAAGAAAACGAAGAAUGGGGAAAGGUGUCCCGAUGAGUCAGGAGCGUUGGCUGCAGCAGCAGGGACAGAUGGCACGUCCUGGCGCAAGAGAGCUGCGCUGAACGCCACCAGUGCGGAUGACUCGCGUUCUGAGCCGUCGAUUCUUGAGGCUCCUCAUGCUGCAACGGCUGCAGGGACAGAUGGCUUGUCAAAGCGAGUGAAGAGAGCAAAGAGGAAGCAGAGAGCUGAAGGGGGGAUUGCUGAUAACCUCAUGGCGGAGCAACCAGAUGUGACUUUUGAGGAGACUCAAAAGCGAGUGAAGAGAUCAAAGAGGAAGCAAAGAGCUGAAGGUGGGGUUGCUGAUAACGCCAUGGUGGAUCACCCAGAAGCAGGUGUUCGGGUUUCAUCCGAAGAGGACCGUCCACGGGUGAGGAAGUCAAAGCGGGGGAACGCUGCAAGUAGCGGGGAUGCUAUCAGCGGGGAUGCUAUCAGCGGGGAUGAGGCAGCCGCAUGUGCGAAGGUUUCUGGAGCAGAAGAGCGACCAUGGAAAAAGUCGUCGAAGCGGAAGAAAGCUGCGAGUAACGUCAUUGGGGAUGCUGCAACGGCGUCUGUGAAGCCUGCAGGAGCCGAGGAGCAGUGUCCGGUGAAGGGGUCAAAACGGGAGGAGGGGUCAAAGCGGGAGGAAGGGUCCAAGCGGAAUGAGACCUCGAGUAACGGCAUUGGGAAAAGCCGCAUGACGGAUGCAGGAGAAGCGGAGCGAUCACGGAAGAAGAAGGAGAAGCGGAAGGAGAAGGCAAAGCGGAAGGAGAAGGCAAAGCGGAAGGAGAAGGCAAAGCGGGAGAAAGCUCUGUGUGGGGACAUUGAGAGUAGCGGCCUUGGGGGUGAGGCAGUGACAGGCGUUCAAAAUGCAGCAGCCGAGGAGCAACAGCAACCACGGGUGAAGGAGUCGAAACGGAAGAAAGCUUCUAUUACUAACGAUAUGGAGGGUAGUGCCAAUACAGAUGGGGCAGCAGCAUGCAUUGCAGCAGCAGAGGAGCAACCACGGGCGAAGAAGUCAAAACGGAAAAAGGUUUUGACUAACGACACGGAGGGUGGCGGCAUUACAGAUGAGGCUGUGGUAUAUGAUGCGGCAGCAGAGGAGCAGCCACGGGUGAAGAAGUCAAAGCGGAAACGAGCUGUGCGCGAGGGGAUUGCAAAUGGGGAAGUGGCAGGUGCUGAGGGCGCAGGAGCAGAGGAACAAGCACGGGAGGAGGGGUCAAGGCGGGAGGAGGGGUCAAGGCAGGAGGAGGGGACAAGGCGGGAGGAGGGGUCGAAACGAAAGAAGAAAAAGCGGAAGGGAGCUGUAACAAGCGACCUUGAGAAUAGCACCAUUGUGAACGGGGAAGUGGCAGGCGCUGAGGGCGCAGGAGCAGAGGAACAAGCACGGGAGGAGGAUUCGAGCCGGGAGGAGGGGACAAGGCGGGAGGAGGGGUCGAAGCGAAAGAAGAAAUCAAAGCGGAAGGGAGCUGUGGCAGCCGACCUUGAGAUUAGCAGCAUUGGGAAUGAUGCAGCGGUGGGUGCGAAGAUUGCAGGAGCAGAGGAACAAGCACGGGAGGAGGGGUUGAAACGGAAGAAGAAGGAAGCUGUGACAAGUGAGGUCGAGAUUAGCAGCAUUGGGAUGAAUGCAGCGGCAGGUGCAAAGAUUGCAGGAGCAGAGGAACAGCCACGGGAGGAGGGGCCAAGGCAGGAGGAUGGGUCGAAACGGAGGAAGAAAUCAAAGCGGAAGGGAGCUGUGACUAGCUACCUCGAGAAUAGCAGCUCGGGGAAUGAUGCAGUGGCAGGUGCUAAGAUUGCAGGAGCAGAGGAACAGCCACGGGUGAAGAAGUCAAAGCGGCAGAGAGCUCUGAGUAGCAACGUGGCGGAAGGCAGCACUGGGAAUGAGCCAGCAGAAGGUGUGAAGGUCGCAGCAGCGGCAGAAGUGGACUUUCCUGCAGCAGAGGAGCAGCCACGGGUGAAGGAGUCAAAGCGGCAGAGAGCUCUGAGUAGCAACGUGGCGGAAGGCAGCACUGGGAAUGAGCCAGCAGAAGGUGUGAAGGUCGCAGCAGCGGCAGAAGUGGACUUUCCUGCAGCAGAGGAGCAGCCACGGGUGAAGGAGUCAAAGCGGCAGAGAGCUCUGAGUAGCAACGUGGCGGAAGGCAGCACUGGGAAUGAGCCAGCAGAAGGUUUGAAGGUCGCAGCAGCGGCAGAAGUGGACUUUCCUGCAGCAGAGGAGCAGCCACGGGUGAAGGAGUCAAAGCGGCAGAGAGCUCUGAGUAGCAACGUGGCGGAAGGCAGCACUGGGAAUGAGCCAGCAGAAGGUGUGAAGGUCGCAGCAGCGGCAGAAGUGGACUUUCCUGCAGCAGAGGAGCAGCCACGGGUGAAGAAGUCAAAGCGGAAGAAAUUUCUGAGUAGUGACCUGGUGGAAGGCAGCACUGGGAAUGAGGCUGCGGCGGGUGUGAAGGUUGCCGCAGCAGAGGAGCAGUGUCAGGUUAAGGGGUCAAUACAGGUGAAGGAGUCGAAGUGGGAAUGUGGAGAACCCAUUGGCGGUGCCAACAGUAGCGUCUUGGCUCUAGCCGGAGGUGUGAAGGCUGUAGCAGCUGAGGAGCAGUGUCAGGCUAAGGGGUCAAUACAGGUGAAGAAGUCAAAGAGGGGAAGUGGAGAACCCGUUGGCGGUGCGAAGAGUGGCGUUUUGGCGCCAGCCGAAAGUGCAAAGGUUGCCGCAGCAGAGGAGCAGUCUCGGGUGAAGAAGUCAAAGCGGAAGAGCGCAGAAAGUAGCAGCUUUGGGAGUGAGGCAGCAGCAGCAGCAGCAGGCGUUGGGGUUGCUACAGAAGGGGAGGAGGCAGGGGUGAGUGGGUCAAAGCGGGUGAAGGGACUGAAACGGAGGCGGGUCACAGGCGGCAGCAGCGAGGGAGGAGCAGCAGCAGCAGCAGCAGCAGCAGCAGCAGCAGGAGUUGAAGCGGAAGCUAACGCCCCAGAAACAGCAGCUCCAGCCUCCGAAUCAGCAAUGGCACAGCCUGCAGUGGUGAAAUUAGAAGCUGUGGAAGCAACAGCAGAAGCAGAAGCAGCAGGGGUAGAAGCAGCAGGUAUAGAAGCAGCAGCAGAAGAAGCGGCAGCGGCUCAACCAAUAGCAGUAGGAUUGGAACUUGCAGUAGUAGAGUUAGGAAGUGUAGAAGCAGCGGCAGCACAACCAGCAGCAACGACAACAGAACCGACAGAAUCUGCGCCUGCAGAACAAGAAGCAGCAGCGGCCGGAGCAGUGCAGGAGACUCCAGCGGUUAAAUUGAGGCAGAAGAAAACUGCUACUGACAGCAGCAGCAGCAGCAGCAGAAGAAGAGCGGUGAGUAACAUCCCUGCGAUUCCCUCUGACCUCCGCUCUCUCUUCCACUCCUGGGGUAUGGAAGAGCAUCAGAUGAACCGGGUACUCACGCUGCAUCCGAAUCUUGCCAAAGUAGACGUGCAGCAGAGGAUCGUCCCGAGUGUUACAGUGUUACGCAACCAUGGUGUCAAACCCUGCGAUCUAAUCCACGCCACGCUCACACGGCCCCAGUGGCUGGGAGUCUCCUCUGCAGCAGACACAGAAGAAGUGGUGCGAUUUCUGGGCGAGUUAGGGGUGACGGACGGGGAGCGCAUAGGGAAGCUCUUGCACCUGAAUCCCUACAUGUUCUCGACCAACCCGGCCAAGUUCCAGGCGAGGCAGAUCGAGUUACUCAAGGAGAUUGGCAUAACAGACAUCGCUCACGCAAUGACUGUAGCUUCCCGCCUGCUCAGAUCCAACCCGGAGACUAUCAAGCAGCGGGUGGACUAUCUCACCGAAUUAUUAGGUGAGCACCACGCUAGCAGCGUCGUGACACGGAAUGCCAACCUACUGACGAUCUCGACUCAAGAGUUGCACACCAGGGAGGGGUUGUUUCGGGAGUUUUUUGGGCGUGAGCUGAAUCAGAUGACCUUGGCUCUUCUGCUCAGAAAACUCUCUCCUGCUUCUGCCGAAACCCUGAGAGGCCGGUUCCAAGCCCUGACCGACGUCCUCGGGGUAACUUGCGCCCGGCAGGUUAUCCUAAAAUACCCCAAGGUGCUGGACGCUGCAGAGAGCUUACUACGGGACAAUUUCCGCCGGUGGGAGGCGUUUUUGCCGAGCUUUGUCGACACUGCUGAAUUGGUUCAGAAGUAUCCGCUGCUGCUAUGUGCUAACUGGGAGAGCGGCAUCCAGCCAAAGCUAGACUUCCUGCAGGGAAAUCUGGGCCUUUCUGCCAAAGCUGUGGCUUCGGUGCCGUACCUGGUGACACUAAGCCUUGAAGGGAGGUUACGGCCGAGAGAGGCAGCUCUUAAGAAUGCCGGGAUGGAGAUUGUUGAGCUGGGCAGCAAGGUUAAGUGUGUGCAAAGCGGUAUAAUGAAGGAUGGGGAUGGUAAGGUACUUCGGCCAAAAAGUGUGCUGAUUGGGGGGAAUGGUAAGUUGAUUUGGCCGAAACCGGAAGGUUUGGCCCUGAAUACGUUCUUUGGGAUCGAUUCAAACAGGUUCGAAAAACUCCUGGCGAGGGUUACUAGUUCGUGAUUGUCUGAAGUGGGCUUGGGUUGGGGUGGGGAAUGUAUUGUGCAACUAGUAGUGUUUGCAACUCGUCAUUAUUUACAAUAUUGUAAUAUUGAUUAGUG